UUUUAUUCUCGAAUUUGAUAAAAAAUGUCUCUUAGAAUUUAUAACGUCAUUCCACGCUUGAAUAAUCCUAUUCGCAGGGUACCCAUUAUUAGAAUAGCAAGUUUUCACACAAGCCGUGCUUGUGCAUUCAAGGCUACCAAGACUAACAGUGAUGGUGCCUCUUAUAUCAAGGGAAGUGUCAAUGAAGCAGUGAAACUUCCACCAAGAGACAAAGUUGCGGGAUCUUAUCAUUGGGAUUUCGAGCGUUUACUAUCGGUAUCGUUGAUCCCACUCACUGUGGCAUCAGUUGUGAAUGGAGCACAUCCAAUUACCGACCUUUGCCUUGGUGUUAUUAUCCCAAUUCAUUGUCAUAUUGGUUUCGAUGCUGUUAUCAGUGAUUAUUUACCACAUCGGAGAAAUCCUAUUUUGAAUAAGAUAACAACGUGGGGUUUGAGAGGAGCCACUAUUAUUGUUCUUUACGGUUGUUAUGAAUUCAAUACAAAUGAUGUAGGUUUGACUGAAGUUGUUAAGAGAGUAUGGAAUGCAUGAAAUAAUUUACAUUGAGCUUGACAAAUAUGGCAUCAAUUAUUUAAAAAAGUCGGGUUACUUCUUAUAAGAUAAAGUAUUAAGAAUUCAUUUGAUAUAUUAGAUAGAUCUGUCGAUCUGAUCGCUAAAACUACCAAUUUUGUGAUUUUGUGUAAAAAAAAAUUAAAUAAAUAAUUUUUAUUAUCUUUAUCGCAUUGUA